AUGAGUGAACUAGAAAAGGCAGUCUACGUCGAGAGAGAAAAUCUGCGGGAAGAAAUCAAUCGCAACAGACAAGAAGUUGGUAGAAGCGAAAAUCGCUUGAAGGAUAGAACGGAUGAACACUUGGCGAAGAACUUGUCGCGAAUGACGAGGAAAGCAGAGCAAAGAGAGUUACAAUUGAGAGACGACAUGGAAAAGUUGAGACUUCAACAAGAGCAGACUCUUGGGACUCUCGACACGAAGAUAGAUGCGAUCAUGGAGAGCCGAACUCAAGCUAUCAUGGAUGGGUUGGACGAGCUACUAGGCAACAGGAGUGGAUCCAAAAGUGGGGAAUCAAACUCGGGAGAACCCAGCAGGGAGCCGAGGGUGAACUUCAAUGAACAGCAGAGUAGGAGAGGGACAUAUGAAUCCACUAGAGGAAGGGGCAGUUCAUCAGGCUAUGCCACAGGGGUGCAAGGACACCAAGCAAUGAUGCGCUUCGAGAAACGGAGGCAACGUGAAGAUGAGACAAUAGACAAGUUUCUAGACAAUUUGGAGAUGCUGAGAAGGCGUAGCCAACCAAACGAGUCGAACAGAAAGAUGAACCUGGCAGUAGCCUCAAAAUUCAUCGAUGCAGACAUCAAGCAUCCAACGCACGAAGUCGCUUUAUGGGGUGUGAAAACCAGCAAGGCUCGCCUGUUGAGUGAAGCGGAGGCGCGCAGAAAAGAAAAACCACAAGAGUUGGCAAAGAAGAAGAUGCAGGCGGUAACGGAAGGGAUAUGUGAACCGGAACCGGUGACUGCGGCGGAUGACUUCAAGAUCGAAAGUAGGGCAGUCGCGAGAUAUGCUCCAAACAGAGUCCAGCAGGAAUUGGUAACGAAGGAGAUUGAACAAAAGAUUAUCCGAGACAGGUGGAGCCACGCACUGAGUCAAGAGCUGUGCGAGCGCUACUUACAACAGUUGGCCCUCGAAUUAGGAAAUUUCACGGGCGCUACGUGGAAGUCUAUGGACCACAAGUUGUAUCCCAUGCAGAAGCUGAUGCGCAACAAAGGAAAGAAGUUCGAACGGAGCGAAGAAGCUCAAGCUGCCUUCGAGAAUAUAAAGCGGGAACUGCGCGAAUUGCCAGUGCUAGGCAUGCUUACAGAAAAGGGCAUAUGGAUAGUAAAGUUAGAUUGCUACCACAUUAUAAACGAGCACAGGAUGCGUAACGAACACCAGAAUGCUGACAGCCUCAGAAAGAAGACCGAGUUCUUUGAAAGAUUGGAACAGAAGCAAGCCAAUCAGGCAGAAAUCAAGAAAGGGUUCUCAAUUAUGGACAAAGAAACUUAUGAAGUGCUUCCCUUGACGAGAUGGCUGGACAAGUCUGGACAAGUCAAACCGCAAGUGAUGCGGAUGCUGGGUGGAUUGUUAGAGAGAGAAGUGACCAGAGAUGACCCCGAGUGGGCAUCAACUAUGGCAUCACUGGCAGUCAGUGAGAAGGUGAAGAUCAUGCUGUCAAUACGACAACACAAAGACAGCGAGAGGGAUUGUAGGUCAAUAAAUCAGCAACUAGUAUCCUCAAUACCCCACGAGGUCUUAACAUGUGUUUCAUACGGUCGGAAAGAACAGGGGAACGAUACGCGAAAGGAAACCGUUACCUUUGAGGACCAGGAUAGAAAUAGUGAGAAGGUUGAACGAAAACUGGUGCAAGAUUGUUUGUACGGGGAGACAAACGGUGAAAAAAGCCGGCGAAUUCAAGAUCAACACCCGGGACAAGGAAGUUUGUCCGGGGAGUCUGAGAUAGAUGAAAAAGUUCCUGACGAGAAACAGGACCUGGGGAACAAAGUUUUGUCCGGGGAGUUCAGAUCGAUGCGAAGAAGGCACAGACUUGAUCCGGAGGAGGGUGCAGACUCCAUCACAGACUCUUCAACAGACGACAGUUCCCGAAACUCAGGAAUUGACAUCUACUCAGACAGGAACUCGAGCUCGGGAUUAGAACUGUCAGAACUAUCGAUCCACACAAUACUAGUGGAAACUCGUGCAGGGGAUCUGAAUAGAGAGGUGUACCAGGAUCCUGACAGUGAUCGCUACCUCAUACCAAGCGAAACAGUCUUUGACAACGCAGCGGAUGAUUUGGAAACAAUAGUUGUAUCGAAACGUUCGAUAAGUCUGUUGCCACAAAAAGAGGUAGUCAAGACUUAUCAUCAGCCGUUCAAACAAGAAACACAGCCAAUGGCGAAGAUUUAG